ACGAUUGAAAUGCAUUGGGCAAGAUUGUGAGGCGGAUAUCAAAGAACCUAGGAAGAAGGCAAGUAGGCAGAGUCUGAGCUGUCUGGAUGAAAGGGCAAAGCAACUAGAGGGAGAAAGCGGAAGGAGUAUCAAGGUUUUUGUGUAUCAUUCAAGUGCCCCUUGGGAUGCAAUGGCUUUGAUCAGCAGAGUCUUCUUCAAGAUCUUGGUCUUCCUCUGCUUCAUCGGAUCAUCUCAAGGAAUACACCAUUUCACCGCACUGCAUCUCCCUCCCCUAAUGAAAGCAAGCAGUUUCUCCAUAAUACAGCAUGAGACAUAUGACUACAUCAUUGUUGGAGGGGGCACAGCCGGUUGCCCAUUGGCAGCAACGUUAUCCCAGAAGUACAAGGUGCUCUUAUUGGAAAGAGGAGGGUCUCCUUACGGCAACCGGAACAUCUCAUAUCUUGAGAACUUCCACAUUUCCUUGAUGGAUGACUCGCCAAAUGCACCAUCCCAGGGAUUUAUCUCCACUGAUGGUGUCAUCAAUGCCCGGGCAAGGGUUCUAGGUGGUGGAACAUGCGUCAAUGCCGGUUUCUACAGCCGAGCUGAUCCAAGCUUCAUUCAAGACGUAGGCUGGGAUGCAGAGUUGGUAAACCAGUCGUACCCUUGGAUUGAGGAGAAGAUUGUUUAUUCACCAAACCUUGCACCUUGGCAAGCUGCACUGCGGGAUGGGCUUCUUGAAGCAGGAGUCACACCUUCCAACGGAUAUACCUAUGACCAUCUCUUUGGAACAAAGGUUGGGGGAACCAUCUUUGAUGAGACUGGGUACAGGCACACUGCUGCUGACCUCCUUGCUGCUGGAAAUCAUAUCAACCUCAGGGUUCUCCUUCAUGCUAAUGUGAACAGAUUAUUUUUCUCUAAAGGACAAGGGAACAGGAAGCCAAGGGCCAUUGGAGUUGACUUCAAGGAUGAGAAUGGAAGGUACCAGCAUGCGUUCCUCAGCCGACACAGAGGCAGUGAGAUUAUUGUCUCUGCUGGUGCAAUUGGCAGUCCCCAGCUAUUGUUGCUAAGUGGAAUUGGACCGAGAAAGGAACUUGAAAAGCAUAAUAUUUCAGUAGUCCUUCUCAACGAACAUGUGGGUGAAGGAAUGUCAGACAAUCCACUGAAUUCCAUCUUUGUACCUACCAAUGAUCCCCCAAAGCAAUCACUUAUUGAGACUGUUGGAAUAACCGACGGUGGGGUGUUUAUAGAAGCCAGCAGUGGUUUCGGCCAGUCACCAGAUAGUAUCCAGUGCCACCAUGGAAUUAUGUCCGCUGAGAUUGGGCAACUGUCAACGAUUCCCCCAAAGCAAAGAAAUCUCAGUGCAGUCAAGAAGUAUGUACAUAAUAAACAUUGCCUACCCAAAGAAGUAUUCAACGGGGGGUUUAUACUUUCAAAGGUUGAUGGUCCAUUGUCUACUGGUAAUCUAGUUCUUAUGGACACUGACAUCAACAGCAACCCCAUGGUUACCUUCAACUACUUCCAGAACCCAAAGGAUCUCAGCCGGUGUGUCUAUGGGAUCAGGACUGUAGAAAGAAUACUGAAGACAAACCAUUUCAAUAAAUUUACUCCCAAUGGUAGUGGCUAUCCAAUGGAAGUAUAUCUCAACAUGAGUGUAACAGCCAACAUAAACUUGAUACCCAAGCACAUAAAUGACAGUACAUCCUUGGAGCAGUUUUGUAAGGACACAGUGGUCACCAUCUGGCAUUACCAUGGCGGAUGCCAUGUGGGCAAGGUAGUUGAUCAACAAUACCGGGUGAUUGGCGUCUCAGGAGUUCGUGUUAUCGAUGGGUCAACCUUCUUUAGGUCUCCAGGAACCAACCCACAAGCCACAGUCCUGAUGAUGGGCAGAUACAUGGGAGUGAAGAUUCUAAGGGGGAGAUUAGGCCGAGCUGCUGGAGUAUAACUGAUUAUUGGGCAUUACAUUAUUCGUUACAUAAGAAUGUGACUUAGGAAAAGAAAAGGUAUAUAGUAAUUUUUGAAGCACUUCACUAUCAUAUCACCAUAGAAAGAAAAUUAGGAGUUUUCUCUUGUAUUCUAAUAGUGGAAAUAUAUGUAUCAUGUCAUUUGAUGAUAUUAUUAUUUCUACACUUUAAACAGGUAAGUUAUAUCACAUUGUAAUUACAGGAACAGCAAAGUUCCAUUCAUCAAUGAGUAGAGCAUGUCAAGCCACGUAGAGUUGUAGACUAGAAAUGAUCAGUUUUUAAAUACCGAGCAGUAAUGCAAAAUACAAGAAAACAAAAGGAGGAGGGGAUGCGUUUGAUUAUGCCAUUACUUGAACGAACUGAAAGUCUAAAAUAUACAACACGCGUCAUGAUUCAAACAAAUGGGAACUGGGAAAAAUAAGAGAGAAACACCAUACCCGUCUCAUUAACA